GUCCCGGUCCCGGCGCGGGUCCCGCGGUCCCGGCAUGACCUCAGCGGGGGAGGCGGCCGGUUCCCCCCCGCUGCCCGCCGCGGUCGGCGGCCACCGGCGGAGCCCCCUGGACCGGCUCCCGCCCCCCGCCAACACCACAAAACCGCUGACCCCCUUCGGCAUCGAGGACAUCCUGGGGCGCCCCAGCGGCGGGAGCCCCCCCGGGACUGGGACCGGUCCCGCCGCCCCCCCCGCCCCGACAGGGCCCCGCGGCGGCGGCUGCGCCCCGGCCUCACCGCUCUGGGCGCUGGAGGAACUCGCCAGUAAAACCUUCCAGGGGCUGGAGCUGGGAAUGCUGCAGGCGGCCGGAGGUCCGUCUCCGCCGGGCGCCUCGGGCCCGCGCCCUCCCUGCAGAAAGCGUCGCAAGUCCCGGACCGCGUUCACGGCGCAGCAGCUGCGGGAGCUGGAGCAGCGAUUCCGGCGGCAGCGCUACCUCUCCCCGGUGGACCGGGACGCGCUGGCGGCGCGGCUGGCGCUCUCCGCCGCUCAGGUCAUCACCUGGUUCCAGAAUCGCCGCGCCAAGCUCAAGCGGGACCUGGAGGAGCUGCGGGCGGACGUGGCCUCGCUGCAGGCGCUGCCUCCCGCCGCCCUGCAGCAGCUGGCGGGGCUGCCCGAGCCCCCGGGGGCUCCCGGUACCGGCACCGGGACCACAGAAUCCGCCGAGCUCUCGGAGGAGGAGAUCGACGUGGCGGACUGAGCCGAGCACGCUCGGCUCCGUUCGGCUCCGUUCGGAUCCACUCGGCUACAUUCGGACCGAGACUGCUCCGUUUGGAUCCACGCGGGUCCAUUCGGGCCGGCUCGGCUGAGUUCGGAUUCACUCGGGUCCGUUCAGGCCGAGACCGCUCCGUUCGGAUCCGCUGGACUCCGUUCGGCUCCGUUCGGGUGCACUCGGGUCCGUUCGGACUCACUCGGCUCCACUGUAUCCACUCGGCUCGGUUCCGACCGGAGCCGAGCCCAGCCCCGCCCCCUCGGUGCACCCUGUUUCGGGUUGGUUUUUUUUGGUUUUUUUUUGUUUGUCUUUCCAUUGUUUUUUUAAAAUUUUAUUUUCUAUCGGCCCCGGUGUAAAUAUUUGCAAUAAAGGCGACACCUUAAUAUGGA